AUGGCAUUGCCAAAAUUCAUUGUGCUUAAAUCAAAAUACAACAAUCAAUACCUCCGUUAUGUUCAAGAUGACUCACAAGUGCAUUCAUUUCUUCAAUUUUCUGGAGAGAAUGUUGUGAGUCCAUUCACAAAAUUGGAAGUUGUGUCAGCCAAAAUUGAAGGACUUGUGCACCUCAAAUGUUGUUACAAUAAUAGAUAUUUGGUGAGGUGGUCUCCAAAUCACUGGUGGCUAGUUGGUGCUGCUGAUGAACCAGAGGAAGAUCAAUCUAAAUGGUCUUGUACGUUGUUCAAGCCCAGUUCUGUGGACAGAUCUGCAUCUAUUGAUAAAGAUUACUGUGAUGUGUGCAUAGUGAUCGAUGUGGAAUCGCUGUUCGUGUUGCCCAAAUAUGUCGGAUUCAAGACCGAAGAGUAUGGAAAAUAUUUGAGAGGCCACACGAUUGAGACAAAACCGUAUCUACAGUUUGAGGCUAAUGAUGCAUCUGACGCCGCUACAUGGCAUGAAGCUUCCUUCACUAGUGACGGAAGCCUCCAUUUAAAGUCUAAUCAUUUCGACAAAUUGUGGAAACUUAGCUCAGGAUCUUGGAUAUUGGCUGAUGCAGAUGACUCAGCAGCCAGCAAGGAAGAAACAUUGUUCUGGCCUAUCAAAGUUAAUGAUGAUGUAGUUGUUAUUCGCAAGUUGGGCAACAAUAAUUAUUGCAAGAGGUUUACUGAGGGAAUAAGGUUAAGUUGCCUUAGAGCUGUUGACACUGAAAUUAGCAGGUUCUCCCGGCUACAAGUUAAAGAGCUUGUUGUUUCAAGAAAAAUUUCCAAUGUUAAGUUUCACACUCGUGAUGCUCGAAUCUAUGGUAAGAGUAUUGUCCCAGUAGCCACUGGAUCUACAACUAACAAUAACGAACAAAAGACAGAUGUGCAAGUCAAUUUAUCAUAUGUAGAUGUCAAGGAUAGUUCUUGGAAUUCCACUUCCACAAUAAAGUUGGGUGUCCCAAUCACCAUCAACUCUCCAUUCGCAUUCCUUGUGGACGAAAGUGCAUUCGAAACAACAGGAGAGUUUGAGGGAUCCUAUGAAUGGGGAGCAAUCAAGAAAUCAUCAAGAAAAGUAGAGAUUGCAUACAUAGUGGGUACUUUAGAAGGAAAGAGCAAGGUGACAGUCACAUUGCUGGGAACAAGAGCUUCAGCUGAUAUUCCCUUUUCUUACACUCAGCGUGACAUUCUUAUGGAUGGAAAAGAAGUUACAUACAACAUGGAUGAUGGUCUGUACACAUCCACCACUACUUUCAACUUCAAAUACGAGAUCAAAAUAGAAAAGGUGUGA